UUACACAGCGGCAGGUCAACAGCGUUAUUCUUAAUUUAUUUCAUGAUACAGCAUGUCUGGAUCUGCAUCCUUCAUUCAAGCCUGGUUUGAUCAAAUACUAAAGAACACUGAAGACAAAAGAGAGCUCAGUUAAUGGGGUGAUUUCACUUGGAACAGCAUGUCAGGGCGCAGUGUUCGGCUGAAGUCAGUUCCCGUUCAGAGCCUCUCAGAGCUGGAGCGUGCUCGGCUGCAGGAAGUGGCUUUUUAUCAGUUGCAGCAGGACUGUGACCUGGGCUGUCAGAUUACUAUCCCCAAAGAUGGACAAAAGAGGAAGAAGUCAUUAAGAAAGAAACUGGACUCUUUAGGAAAGGAGAAGAACAGAGACAAAGAAUUUAUUCCCCAGGCUUUUGGAAUGCCUCUGUCUCAAGUGAUUGCUAAUGACCGGGCCUACAAGCUCAAGCAAGACUCUCAGAGAGAAGAGCAAAAAGAUGUUUCAGAUUUUGUGGCCUUUCUCUUGCCGUUUGGAACUAAAAGACAGAACAAAGAACUUUCAAGCAGUAACUCAUCUCUCAGCUCAACCUCAGAGACACCGAAUGAAUCCACUUCUCCUAACACACCUGAGCCAGCGCCACGAGCAAGGAGGCGUGGUGCAAUGUCUGUGGACUCUAUUACAGACCUUGAUGACAAUCACUCAAGAUUGUUGGAGGCUCUCCAGCUCUCUUUGCCAGCAGAAGCCCAGAGUAAGAAAGAAAAGGCAAGAGAUAAAAAACUAAGCCUGAACCCUAUUUACAGGCAGGUUCCUCGGCUUGUAGAUAGUUGCUGCCAGCACUUGGAAAAGCAUGGUCUCCAGACAGUAGGAAUAUUCAGAGUUGGAAGCUCAAAAAAGAGAGUAAGACAGUUACGUGAAGAGUUUGACCGAGGUGUAGAUGUUGUAUUAGAUGAAGAGCACAGCAUUCAUGAUGUUGCUGCCUUGUUAAAGGAAUUUCUGCGUGACAUGCCUGACCCACUUCUCACCAGAGAGCUUUAUACACCUUUCAUCAACACUCUCUUAUUAGAGCCAGAUGAACAGCUCAGCACCUUACAGCUUCUCAUUUAUCUUCUACCUCCUUGUAACUGCGAUACCCUUCACCGGCUGCUGCAGUUCCUCUCCACAGUAGCUGGCCAUGCAGAAGACACCAGAGACAAGGAUGGCCAAGAGAUUACUGGGAACAAAAUGACAUCGCUUAACCUGGCCACCAUCUUUGGCCCUAACUUGUUGCACAAGCAGAAAUCUACAGACAAAGAAUUCUCAGUUCAGAGCUCAGCUCGAGCUGAAGAGAGUACUGCUAUCAUAGCUGUUGUGCAAAAGAUGAUUGAAAACUAUGAAACCCUUUUCAUGGUUUCCCCUGAUUUACAGAAUGAAGUGCUUAUUAGCUUAUUAGAGACUGACCCAGAUGUUGUAGACUAUUUGCUGAGGAGGAAAGCUUCCCAGUCAUCGAGCCCUGAGAUGCUGCGGUCAGAAGGUUCCUACUCCACAGGAGAAAGACAUUCUUCCACAGACUCCAACAAAGCUUCCAGUGGUGAUGUCUCCCCUUAUGACAACAACUCCCCGGUGCUGUCUGAGCGCUCGCUGGUGGCAAUGCAAGAGGAAGUUGCCCACAGCCCAGAUAAGCUGUACAAGGUACCUGAGCAGUACUCGCUGGUUGGGCACUUGCAAACUAAGCCAAAGGAGAACUCUUCAACAUCACAGGCUGGAAAAGAUGUUUCUGAAGAUCAUUUUGAUAUCUGGGGCACUUGGCAUUCAACACUGAAAAGUGGCUGCAAAGAUCCAGUAAUCACAGGUUCUUACGGGAACAUUUACGAAAGCAGCUUGCUGCGCCCCGGACAGUGCUCUCUUUCCCAGGGGAACCUGGCCACGCAUUCCCCUCGAUGGCAGGGCAGCUCCUCGGAACUGGACAGCGGCAGGCAGGUCAUGCGGAGGAGCCAGACGACAGCCGCCAUUCCCGAGUGUCAGCUCCAGGCCGCGGUGCCUCGGCUGUGCAGUAACCCACACAGCGAGGCUGGCUGCACGACUUCAGGCCUGCCCCACUCCAAGUCGGAGCAGCACUUGACUUUGAGCAGUGUGGAGGACCUCAGUGAGCACGACUCGAAUGUGGGUUGUUUGCAAAGCACAGCCAAGCCCUCCUACAGGAAAGAGCGGCCACCACCCCCGUACCCAGGCCCAGCAAAAACAAGCUCUGCGUUGCCGCAGCGGCCGAGUGUUUCUUCAGCGCUGCACUCCUUGUGGAGACUCCAACGCCCAGAGAAAAGUUCGAGAGCAGCUGGGGGGCCACCAGGCAGAGCCCCUGAGCAGGCCACCUCCGGGCAGGAGCAGCUGGCCCCGCGCGCACAGGCGGGUCACCGCUAUUCCACAGCACCUCACAGCCACAACAGUAAGAGCGUUUCAGAGGCGGACUGGAAUGAGUGGCAAAGGGAGAGGUGGCAGAUUUGGGAGCUGUUAUCAGCUGACAACCCUGAUGCCCUCCCAGAAACCCUUGUAUGAUCUGACUGUGGAACUGCUGCUCAUACCCCUGCCUCCGUCUCACAGGAAAACCACGGUGACAUUAGAAAACAGGGAGGGCUUGUUUGUUUUAUACCAACUGAAUUGCAUAUACUUUUUUAAAAACUUUGUUCACUUUAAUUUCUCAACAGAACUGUCAAGCAGUUAAUUUACAAAUUCCAUAUGUUCCUGUUUUUCAGCAAGCUUUUGAGAAAAAAACAAGGUGAAAACUUUAGUGUAAUAACUCUGUAUGCAUAUGCUGUGUAUAUGAUAAAACUGUUGCUUUGAUGUUGCUAAAAAUAUAUUUAUAUAUCUGCAGUUUUGAUGAUUGUAUAUUCUGUAAUGGGUAUUGUAUGAUAAUCAUGUUAUGUUUUCAUAUACAGAUGUCAAUCAAUCAUGACUGCUUUUUUAAAAAAAAAUCACUGCACUUACAUUACCAUGAUAUGCAUUGGAAUUCUAUAGAAAGUGCACAAGCUGGUUUCUGUGCUUAUAUAUAUAUAUAUUAAAAAAAAAGCUGUUAAAGGGGAAAGUUG